UAAUCGAUAUUGACGAUGUUUAAAUGCUGUGUGUGCAACAAGAGUUCAAAGAAGGAGAAGCCGAACGGCGAAGUGGCGAAACCGACGCCGAAGCAAAUUCAGAAAACUGUUGACUCGCAGUUAGUUGGCAUCGAUUCCUCGAAGGUCGUGGAAAGCGGGCCGAUCGGGCGAGAAGAGAAGUUGAACGGUGACGUACAGAAAUUUGAGAAAGUUUCUCCGUCGAUGGAGAAUAGCAGCGCGGAAGUGGUCGACGAUCUAACUGUUAAGAGUCCGUUGCCUUCCGGUAAGCGUGACGAGGUCACUGAUAAUUCGCGAUUACGAACGAAAUCGAUAAACGAAUCGAAUGGCAAGAAGGACGGCGAUAAUGAGAGUGAUACCGAAAGUGCGAGUAAUCGAACGAAGAUGAGAAACGAAGAUGGCGCGACGAAUGGAAUUAAAGAUGUGAGUGGUACUGGAAAAGUAGGGGAAAAUGACGAUGUAAAUGGAAUCGAUGAUGGGGUUGGCGGCGAUGGAAUGAUGAAAGCAAUACUGAAUUCUGGGAUUCCUACCAGCGUUAAAACCAAUCUUUAUGACUCCUCCGCGUAUAUUGAGAGAACGAUCGAUGAUGGACCGGAGGAGGAAGGUGAUGAUUCCGUUUUCGAAGCUUGUCCGAACGAUACCAACGCGAAUAAAAAGACGCCACCAGUUUCGUCAAUUCCUCGGUGGCUCUCAGAAGAGGAAGAUGGCGAGCACGACUCGGAAGAGUGCAGUGGAAUGCAGGAACCACCGGCCACGCCGGUUGCUCGCGACGAACUAGCUUUAAGACGUCACAGAUUCUUCUCUGAUUUAUUACAAGCCGCGCAAAACGCGACGGAGCACAGAGUGAGAUUUGACCCACUGGGACCAAUGGUGCACGCCGGUUGUGAAGCUAGCGAUAAGGAAGAACAUUUAGAAGAGUUGGUGAAUAGAUUAGAAAACGUCACAAGGAGAUUGGAGAAAGUAAAAGCACAAUCUGUUACCGAAACUCAAGAUUCUGCUGUUCAAACAAAUACACCAUCACCAAAACGGUCUCAGCCAGUUAAAAAUUGUGAAUCAGUACUGUCUGCCUCACCUGUUCAUUCAACAGACAAGAAAAUAUCAGAUAAAUUUAACAGUAUGUCAGUCACAGGCUAUGAAGAUUUUUUAGCUGGUCCUGUAAAAGAAUAUUUACAACUGAGUGAAAAAAUUGGUGGUGAUGUAGCUACCCACAGUAAGCUAGUAGAAAAAGUAUUUCAGAUUCAGUUGCAAUUCAUUCAAACUGCAGCAAGUCGCCCAGCACCUGCAAACCAGUCAGAACAAAUUUCUCUUCUUGUACCUACAUCCAAGCAAAUUCAACAAAUUCAAGAGUUUCGUGAGAAAAAUAGAGGGUCUCAGUUUUUCAAUCAUUUAUCUGCAAUUAGUGAAAGUAUUCCAGCUUUAGGAUGGGUUGCAAUAUCACCUACUCCAGCACCUUAUGUAAAAGAAAUGAAUGAUGCCGGGCAAUUUUAUACAAAUCGUGUCUUAAAGGAAUGGAAAGAAAAAGAUAAAGUACAUGCUGAAUGGUGCAAAGCUUGGAUACAGACACUAAGUGAUCUUCAGCAAUAUGUGCGUCAGCAUCACACAACAGGACUUGUGUGGGCAAAAACUGGCACUGUACCAACAGGUAUACCACCACCACCACCACCAUGCAUGCCAAUGGGAGAUAUAACACCAGCAAAUAUUACCGAUGAUAGAAGUGCUCUUUUCGCCGAAAUUAAUCAAGGAGAAGCUAUUACAAAGAAUUUAAAGAAAGUCACAUCAGAUAUGCAAACACAUAAAAAUCCUUCCUUAAGAACUGGACCAGCACCAUUUAAAGCACCCAUUGUCGGUAAUGCUAUGCCAACAAAAACAGUACCACCAGCAAAUGCACCAAUUGAUAAACCUCCUGUAUUUACUAGAGAUGGAAAAAAAUGGCUUGUUGAAUACCAUAAAGGUAAUAAAGAUUUGGUUAUUGACAAUGUGGAAAUGAACAAUGUAAUCUACAUGUUUCGAUGUCAAGAUAGCACUUUAAUUAUUAAAGGCAAGGUUAAUUCCGUUGUUAUGGAUUCAUGUCGUAAAUCAUCUAUUGUUUUUGAUUCUGUUGUGUCCAGCAUUGAAUUUGUCAAUUGUCAGAGUGUACAAAUGCAGGUACUAGGAAAGGUUCCCACAAUCUCUAUAGAUAAAACAGAUGGUUGUCAGAUGUAUUUGAGUUCAGAAUCAUUAGAUGUUGAACUUAUUAGCAGCAAAUCUAGCGAGAUGAACGUUAUGGUUCCUCGAGUAAAUGGAGAUUAUGCAGAAUAUCCCGUACCCGAGCAAUUCAAAACAACUAUCAGUCCCAAAGGUCUUAGUACGAUCGCAAUUGAUUCAUUGGGUUAAACUUCGGUGAUUCAAUUAUCUAUAGCCUAACUAAAUGUCUGUCUAAGAGUACAGCUCAUUAGAGGUAUCAUCAUCUGCGAAUUCGACGAUUUAUUAUUUAUUGCUUCUUUAAUUAAUUUAAGAAUUAGGAGAAGGGCGAGGAAUUAGAGAAAGACGCAAGUACUCUUUCGAAAGUAUAGAAUUGAAUUAGAUAAAUCGAUUAAAUGUUUUAAUAUUAGAAGUCCUAUAUUGUUUCGAAGGUAUUUGCGCAUUUCGUGGAGAUUAUCGAUUCUAUAGAAAAUAAAAUUAGAAUCACGUUAAAAUGACGCUCAAUUGAACGAGUCUUAUUAAAUUUAUGUGUAAAACACUGAAGUGUUCGAUUGUCUAUGACUCGAUAUUUUGUAAUAUAGUCUUAAUUAGAUCCUUAAUAAUUGUGAUUCGUCUAACAGGUGAUAAUGAAAGAAAAUGGAAUCGACAUUCUUCACGAAUAUGUUAUUAUGCACGUUGGUGCUGAGAUGACGAGACUGUAAGUUGGACUAAAUGCAGGGGUAUGGACAAAAGUUUUUCUACCUUUGAAUCGGACCUUUUAUACAUUUACACCAUUUUUUAUCGUGAUUAAACUUUUGUCCACACUAAUCGCUUCUCGAGAUUUUUCAGUCGAUUCGCCAUGGAAUUGCCACUUGACGUUUUCGGGAAAAAAGCGAGCGCCGCACGUAUAAACAGUUUUUGAGAGAGCAAAAUCAAGAAACAUUCACGAGUCAUUUAUAAAGCGUUAGGGAUAUCAUAUCGAUAGCUCAUUGUAUUAAUUUUAGACUUUCACAGAAUGUUUAGUUUUGCUAUUGUUUUUGUACGUUGAAUUAUUAAUUUUAUAAUAUAAUUCGUAUUAAUUGGAAAUAAAUUAUUUCGUGUUAGUAUAUGCAACAUGCCUUCACUUCGUAUGAUGAUUUUGAAAUUUAAGCUUUCAGUUUGCGAGUCUUCCGUAUUUAUAAAUGUUCGUGAUGUGUAAAUAGAAUAUGAUGCUGAAUUUAUUUUAUGAGUAACAAUCGAUCGUUUACGCGCGUAAGUUUGAGAACCUUCAGAUUCGAGAAAUAUACGUAGAUAAAAAUGAUCAAAAAUACGGUUGUGCAAAAGUCUUGAUGGUCUAGCCGCGAAUGAAGAAUGCUCCAAAAUAAUAAAUGAAUUGUAAACUCGAUAUUGAACUUUAAAAGCGUGCUGUUUGGACGUGACGUAAAUUACAUUGUGAUUUUUACCACUUGGUAUAUUGUGCUAAUCGUAGGUAUAAUCUAAUAUUAAUACUACUUAAAGGCACGAUCUAGAAUGACAUGAUCAUAAUAGAAUAACAAUGAAACUAGCAGUUCGAUCCUUUCUAAGAGAGGAACGAAGGAAAAUCUCGAAAGAGACACAAUUUUUCUAUCAUUUAUAUGGUACUAAACAUGUUUGAUUACAGAGCGAUGAUUAUUUGACUGAAAUUAUUUACUCUAAGGAUCGCACUGCCUGUAAAGCAGUAUCUGUAACAGCCUUCGUUUCAAUAUUGAUAGAAUAUUAUAUCGAGAAUAAUUAAUAUUUAUUUCUGAAUAUGAUUUUCAGUGCUAUUUCUAAUUG